CAAUUGAACAGCAACCUCCUGUUAUAUACUACGAACUCUUGCAAAAACUUGGGAACCACCACCCUGCCUAGUAUCUGCAUUAGGACUCGGCGUUGAACGGAUGUUCUUGAAUCACCUCAUUUUGUACUCCGAUCAGAAACUGCUAACAAUUGUACUGAAUACCUCGCCACAUGACGAGGCUUACUUCUUAUCUCGUCUAAAACUUGCAAACAUUCCUUGCCUUCCCAAGGUGGUGAACGCUGACGUCUCAACAAAAGACAGAGAGGCUGUGUACCUUGAAGGUGGUGUUCAAUUCCUAACGUCACGAAUAUUUUUGGUCGAUUUACUCACUGGUCGUGCACCUGUUGAAAAUAUUGCUUUUAUAAUGGUUUACCAUGCUCAUCAGGUCUUAUUGUCGUUUCAAGAGUCCUUCAUACUUCGUUUGUAUCGUGAGCGUAAGCCUGGAGGUUUUGUCAAGGCUUUUACUGAUGUACCGACUUCAAUCAGUGCGCUCGGACAGCUUCAGCGAGUAGUUGAUCGGUUGUACAUCAAACGAGUUUGUCUACUUCCACGAUUCGAUCCUGUAUUCACUGAACUCCUCGUCGAUCUCCAUCCCACUCUCAGGCGUCUCCACACAACCUUUAUAGAGUUAUUAAAGGUUUGUAUUCGUGAGCUGAAGCAAUGCUCAAUUGCAGAGAAACAGGUUACUCUAGAAGAAGAUACCAUUAAUGUAGCUGCUUAUAGACCGACCUUGUUGGAAAGACAACUAAAUGAAAGAAGGUCAUUCUUAACCGACAAGCAACUUCGUCUAAUAUCUGACUUAUCCUUGCUGCGCGAAUUACUACAGACAGCAGAAGACAUGGAUCCGGCGUCUGUCCUGUUUCGGAUUAAUGCUCUCAGGAACGAUAAGGAGAAGAGCGGUUCCUGGAUGAUGUCGCGGGUAGCUACGUCGCUAAUUGCUGAUGUUGAAAUGUUAUGCGGAUACGGAGCGUUCUCUUCACGUCCUUUUAUUUCACCUCCAAAGUGGCAGGUUAUUGGAUCGGUAUUGAAAGAAAUCAAGAACAUUCCGGUUCGACCAUCUGAAAUUAGUCCUUCGAUAUUGCUUCUUGCCAACAAUGAUGCUGUUGCACGGCAGUUGACAGAUUUAAUCAAGGACGGUCCAGAAUUCCUCACCUGGCUCGCAAGACGUUCACUGGGAACUUCAGUGAAUGCUAAAGAACCUGAGCGUACUCCAUUAUGGAACAGCGAUCAUGUCACUUCAUUGUCAAGAGGAAAUAUGUCCGAUCCACAUAAGGAAAUGGUAUCUGACCUUCAAAAAAACACUUUAGUAACGGCAAGAGCGGCAAGACGACGUCGAAAGGCAGCGGAAGAUCUGGUUGGACUCUCGGAUUUUCGUCAAAAGCAAACAAAAAUUGUGCAGUUUGGAAUUUUGCAAUACAAGAAGCAACGAACUGAUUGUCUGGUGCGUGCUCUUUACUCCUUUACAUUCUUAUGA